AAAAUAACCAGAAACUGGACCCAAUAUUAUCUCGGUCACUAGUCGUCUGAGUUUGUGAUUCAUUUGUUCUAGUGUCUAGAAAAAUGACCUCUGUAAUCAGUCGAUGCCUAAUUAUAUCCUCUAAACGGCAAAGUACGGGUAUACUAUAUAGCAGUCGUUUCUGCCUUGAUUUGCGACUACAGUAUGUGGUCUAUGAAAACAGGAUAUUCUCGAUAAUGAGAUGGUUUUCUAAAGGUUCUGGUUCACAACGCGCUUUAGUAGAGAAUAAGCUGAAAAUAAAGAAAAAGCCAUUACUAUGGUCGCUAUUAUGCACAACGAAGCGGUCAAGUUUAACUUUUAAGCGUCCCUUUCGAGAAAAUAUAGAUACUCAAAAGUCAAGGUGGGUUCAGCAACGUCGAAAAUCAAGAAUAUCUAAUAACUUUGACACUAAUCUUUUGUCGUCUGUUGAGUCUCUAUCAAGUGAAUCGGGAAAUUAUAUAGAAACAUUUAAACGGGAUGAUCCAAUUGCUUCGACUUUAAAACAAUGUUCUAAUGAAUUACCUAUAGCUUAUUGUCCAAAUUGUCACACCAAUGUAGUUCCAGUAUAUCAGAAGGUUAUCUAUUCAAAUCAUGCAAUUAUGGAUAAUAAGGUUUCAGAAAGUGAAAUGGUUGAAAUAUCUAACGAAUAUACUGUCUACGAAUCUGUUUAUAAAAAUAGUUUACUUUCUAUUGAUACUAAUAUGGAUUGUGAGUUAAUUGAGCGCGAAGAAUUUCAACCAGUUGACAAGGUACAAUUACCUUUGUAUUUCUUGCCAAUAGAACCGUUAGCUUUCAGUACGAUCGAUCGUAAAGCUAUUGCCUUCGAUGACUGUAAAACAGUGUACGACGAAGUUGCUUCCGAAAAUGAGGAAGACUCAUCUUCAGGGCACUAUGAUUCAUUACACUUUGUAAUGAUAAAACAAAACACCAGACCUUAUCGUAAGCGUAGCGCUUAUCCUGAAUCAGAUUCAUAUCAACAAAUGAAACGGAUGAGACGAGAGGUGUUCGUUUGUGAAGAAUAAAUGUAAUCUUGUCAAAGUAAAACUACAUAUUUUAUAAUAAUUGGUGGCAGCAUUUAUGUUCAAAAACACCUUCGGCAUUUUCUAACUUUCCUCGUCAAAAAUCACUAAGUUUUUGUUAUUUCGGUGUUUGUUAUCAUUUUUAUAUGGUUGGCAUUGUUUUCCAAGUAUUAAUAACAUUCCGGUUUUAUAUACUA